AUGGAGGAUAGAGCGUUGGAGGAGAAUGAGGAGACGGUACCCCAACCCAACAUAUGUGGGAUGCCAAAGUCAAUAGACUCCGGCCACCUCGAGAGAAUAGAAGAGGAUCGAAGUGUAAAGAAAGCAUAUCUGGGAAUACCAAUGGGCGUGUUGGCGAGCUCAGAUACCUCUGGAAAUUUGCCUUUGAGAGGGACCUGCACGAGCUCCAUAUGUCCUUGA